AUGGCCAUAUUCAAGUGUGUUCCAAAGCGGAAACUUGCAGAAUGGAUUAAGAGGGAUUUUUCUCUCCUAAAGAUGAAAAUCUACCGUUUGUUACCACAGGUUGAAAAGGUGAUUGUUUUGGACCCGUCUUAUCUUGUACACUGUGACAUAAAGGAACUGUGGCGAGUGUUUGACGAGUUCAAUUCUAGCCAGGUUAUAGCUACAACUGGAAUACCAAAGGCUAAUCCAAUCAUUGAAUCAAAGACGAAUCCGUAUGUUUACGAUUUUGGAGUGGCGCUCUUAUAUUUACAACGACUCCGAGAAGACGACGUGGUAGCAAUGCUGGAUUUGGAAAUGCAAAAGUUUUUCUUUUAUUCCAAAUCGUACUUAUUUGCCAAAGAGAAAGAAAUUCUGGAGAUUGUUUUACGGAACCACACUGAUCUGGUAUUUAAUCUGCCGUGCAAAUGGAAUGUCCAGCUAAAUGAUGAGGAAAGCUUUUGUUUCGCAACAGAAAGUUCGGAUUUUAUGCGACCUGUGGUCCAAGUCUCAAACCAUUCGUGCUGGGCGUACAACAAACAAGCUCAACGCAACUACAGGACACAGCUAUUUUUCUGGGGCCGGAAUACAAGUAUCGACAGUAAAGAAUUCGAAGUGACGUUAGUGUCCCAUUUCGGAGGGGAGAGUUUAUCCUUGCUAGACAAGAUGGCGUUUCAUUGGUCGGGCCCAAUGAGCCUUACGGCCUUUCUGACCGACCAGGAAGUGAUUAUUUUCAAAAUGGCCAUCCAAAUUUCUACAUAUUUGAAGAAGCGAAGAAAUGUGGUUUUCAAUCUUGUGAUAAAAAACGGGCCAACCUACCCAGUGGAGUACCUCGAGCGCGUGGCCUUUGAGCAGGCGACAACGGCCUAUGUUUUCAUGACUGACUUUGAUAAUCUGCCAAUGAAGGCUAUAUACGGCGACUUGCGAGCGCACGUCACAAGAGCUGGCAUCGAACAGAUGAAAAAGACGGCACUUGUUGUUCCCGGAUACAUAUCGAAACUGCACAGAACGCAACAGCCUUGGACCAUCGUGAAACUUCACGAGCAAAUGGCCUUGGGCGAGUAUGCUGCGUCAAAUAAUCUGCUCAAGGAGGGCAGUCUGUCACUGGACUAUUUGUCACAUUCGGACGGACAAUCAAAUAAUAAUAGUUGGCAGUAUGCGUUUGAGUGGAGCAUUGUCGUGCCUAGACUCUUCGUAAAGCAGAGCUUUGAGAGGUAUAAAGAGCAUUUUUACAUUGGAAAAUACAGCCGACAAGCGCUGAUCGCGGAGUUAUACGCAGCCGGGUAUCUAUUCGCACCCUUGCAUGACCUGUUCGUACUGCGCAUGCCUCAUUCUAGAACGGAAAUACAAAUGAAGCCCGAGGAUCAUAAACUGUGGGAAAGAUGCCUGUCAUGGAACUGGACGGAGUACCUCAAAACAGUGUCAAGGGAUUACGAUGUGAAAGUGGAACGUCUGCUUAAAGUUUUCCCUCUCAGCAGUGAAAUGGAAUGA